GAAAGUGGAAGCAAGAGAGUGUCAGUAAAAGAAAGCAGUCUGACUGCACAGAAAAGGCGCUCGGCAAACAGCGCACACUCAUUGAGUCAGUGAUAUUCUGAACACGGAGAGCUGGUGCAUUUGAGCUCAAGAAAACAGUUUUCAGUGCAGAGAGACAGCACAGAGACAGAGAAACAGAGGAAGUGGAGUGAAAAGAGAAGAGGAGAGGAGAGGAGAGGUUCUUCGUGGAGAGAUGGACUCAGAUUCUGGGGAUCAGAGUGAAGGAGAGCUCUCUCCAGGGCAAGAGAGCUUCAACUCCAAGAGUUUGGCCCUUCAGGCCCAAAAGAAGAUCUUGAGUAAAAUGGCCACCAUGGCCGUGGCAAAUCUCCUCACAGAUGAUACCAGCAGCGAGAUUCUGGACGAACUCUACAAGGCCAGUCGUGAAUACACCAAAAGCAAGAAGGAAGCUCACAAGAUCAUCAAAGAUGUCAUCAAGAUUGCCCUGAAGAUUGGCAUUCUCUACCGAAACCACCAAUUCAGUCCUGAUGAGAUGGAGACCGUCGAACGCUUCAAAAAGAAGAUGAACCAGGCGGCCAUGACGGUGGUGAGCUUUUACGAGGUGGAGUACACAUUCGACCGUGGCAUUCUUUCCGAGCUGCUGAUGGAAUGUAGGGACCUUCUCCAUGAGCUGGUGGAGCACCACUUGACCGCACGCUCCCACGCGCGGAUCGACCAUGUGUUCAACCAUUUCGCAGAUGUGGAUUUCCUGACCAAGCUGUAUGGCCCAUCUGAAGAGUACAGACUUAACCUGAGGAAGAUCUGCGAUGGGAUAAACAAACUCCUAGAUGAGGGCACACUUUAACCUCCAGUUCACGAUUCGUCGGAUGAGACUUCAUCAGGCUACUGGAAUUUGAAUGGCGGGAUUUUACGCAACUUGUGUUCUUUGGCUUUUGUUUGAAAUUUAGGCUGUCAUGAUAACUUGAUGAUGUGAUUGUAACCCAACCUGUAGGGAUGGUCAACCAAAUGCAGAUUAAAGUCAAAUCCUGGUCUGUAUUGUCAACGUACCAGAUGAUUGUUUGGGGAAAAUCCAAUUAAGUGGAGAACCUGAAUGAAUCGGUGUCCCGAAAACCUGUCCUUUGUGUGCAAUUGCAGGAACGUUUUAAAUUACGAGCUCCUUUAUUUGCACUAUGUGAAAUCUGACCCUACAUAUCCUUUAAGAAUGGCCUAGCAAUGCAACCCUCGCUUUCUUCUGUACUUCCAUAAGAACCAGUUAAGAUGUCCAGUUAAUCUACUCAAAAGUUAAAGGGAUAUAGUUCAUCCCAAAAUGAACAUUCUAUAGUCAACUUCAUGAUGUUCCAAACCUGUAUGGCUUCAUUUUUUAUUGUGGAACACAAAGGAGAUGUUUAGCAUAAUCAAGGUGUUUUUUUCUGUAAAAUGUAAUUAAGGGGGGAAAAUAAAACUAUACUAUACUAAAAAACUGUACCAUAAAAGUGAUACUUUCAGUGAUAAUUUCCCCUUCUGCUAUUUCUAACAAAUUUUUAAACAUACAAUUUGGUGCAAAUCAAUAAGUUAUGAAAGAUGCAAAAAAAAAAUAUUUGGUAUUAGCAUUGGCAAACCUGACAGAAUGUGCUCUCUUAACACAUUUUAACGUAAAUCAAUGUGAAUGCAACAGCUUCGAAUAUCGUUUAAAGCUUGAUAGAGUCUGACCCUAUUCACUUUCUUUGCACAACCUCUUGGAUUCUUCCGUAGAAAUAAAGUCAUACAGGUUUAGAAUGAGAUAAAGCCAAGUAAAUGAUUAUGAAAAUUAUAUAUUCUUGGAUGAACUAUCCCUAAAGCGUUGAGAGCUUAAAAGAGAAAUGGCGCAAACCUUUGCUAAACCUUUGUUGAACAGAGCAUA